AUGACUGAUUCCACACCAAAACAAACCCUUAUUAAAUCGCGAUCCAGUGGAUCGUUAAGAGACAGCGUUGUUGAAAGUACUGAUAUCUUUACGUCGACACACCUUGUGGACAGUGAUACAGAGAAAUAUAAGUACAAAGGAGGAAGGCGAGCUAUGCUGCCUUCUAUAAGUACAGUGAAUGCCGCUCAGGCCGCUUCUACUGAAAGUAAAGACACGAAGGUUAGUCACUUCAAUACACUCACGCAUGUCGCAACUAAUGACUUUCAACCGAUGAAGAAAAAUGCGUGUCAGUCAACUCAAAAUGACUCCGAACUACAACAAUACCAGAACACAACCGUAGAGACAGAGAAAACCGUGAACAAUGCUGAUUUCGAUAUUUUCAUUCUAAGUAACUUUACUCCGUUUACCGGAAAAGGUGACGUCGUUCAAUGGCUUGCGGAAACAGAAGAUAAAUUCACUCAGUUUCGUAUUGCACGAUGUCUUCGUUAUCAAUCCAUCUCACUAUUAGUUACAGGAGAUGCAAAACGCAUAUAUGUAUCACAUCGUAAAACUAUUCACACUUUUGAUGAUUUCUAUGAAUUUAUGAUAUCUACAUUUCAAGCUAGUUCAAAUUCUUCUUGUUCGGUCAGUUCAUGUCUAUCUGCUAAUACAUUACGUGUCACGAAAUGUGAUACUUGUCAAUCACAAAUCAUUCCUAAGACUGAUACAACUCUUUCACACACGAACUCUUCAUGUCAGCCGGAUUAUCACACAGAUACUAAUAGGCCAAAUGCUAUUCUUCAUACCACCAUGGUUCAUGGUGAGGUUUCAACUAGGGAUCAGAAUGCACUUUCACUCAACUCUUCUAAUAGUCAAGUCGAUCCUGCUAUUAACGAACUUCGUAAAGCUAUAGUUAGCAAUCUAAUAAAAAAUCCAAAAACAUUCAAAGGAGAAAAGGAUGACGUUAAAAAAUGGUUGGAAGAUAUUGAACAUCUUUUUGAUAUCGCACAUNAAUAG